AGUGAAAACAAGAGCAAGUAAAUAGUGUAGCCGGCUGUUAGUGAGUCGCUCGACGAUGAGCAGCGCGUAUGCCAAGGAGAAUUUUGCUGUCGACAUAAACUAUGAUAGUUCAUAUGACAACAACAAAGCGAGGCGGAAACAAUCUCUAUGGAGGAUGUGGAAGCGCCUUUCGCAAAUGCAGCGCAGUGUCAUUGUACUGGUGCUGCUAUUGGGUGUCUUGUCAGCACUGUAUAUAAUUCCUGUUAUCCAACUUGAAAGAACCAAAAACAAAGAAAUGAAUGAAUUACUGAAGAAAAAGCAGUCAUUCUUCCAAUCCCAAAGCAAAAUGUUGCGUUCCAAACUGCUGAAUGAAUUAGAAGAACAAAACAAGGCAAAGCAACAGGUUAAUGAGAUACAGAGAGCUCAACAACAAAUGCCUAUUCAAAGAGGAGGCGAACAGAUUGUGUUACAGCCACCUGAAGUACCUCUUAAGUUUGACAGUCAUCAGGAAAAACAAAUUCAUAGACCAGCUGAAGGGAAACGCAUUCCUGAAGCAGCAUUUAGACUUCCUAAAUCUAAGUCCAAGAGGCAGAUAUCUGUGAUCAAUGCCUUCAGUCAUGCUUGGAAAGCUUAUCAAGAAUUUGCUUGGGGGCACGACGAAUUGAGGCCAGUUGCAAAAACAUAUCAUGAUUGGUUUGGAGUUGGACUAACUAUGGUUGAUGCAUUAGACACAAUGUUUAUUAUGGGUCUUAAUGAAGAAUUUAAGGAAGCUCGCAGCUGGGUAGAAAAACACAUGAAGUUAGAUAUAAACCAAGAUGUGAAUCUAUUUGAAAUAACUAUCCGAAUUCUUGGAGGCUUACUAAGUGCCUAUCAUCUGUCUGGAGAUGAAGUGUUCAAGCAAAAAGCUAAAGAACUUGGAGAUCGAUUAAUGCCUUGUUUUGAUUCCCCAUCUAAGAUCCCAUACUCAGAUGUUAAUCUAAAGACCAAAAAAGCUCAUCCUCCUCGGUGGGGUCCAGACAGCACUACCUCUGAAGUAACUACAAUACAACUUGAAUUUAGAGAUCUAAGUCGAAUUCUCAAUGAUCCCAAAUAUGAGGUGGCUGCAAGUGAAGUAUCUAAUCAUAUUCAUCGGCAACCAAAGAAAGAUGGCUUAGUACCAAUAUUUAUUAAUGCUCAAACUGGUAUUUUUCGAAACACUGCUACAAUUACACUUGGUGCACGUGGGGACAGUUACUAUGAAUAUCUACUAAAACAGUGGUUACAAACAGGAAAAAUUAAUAACACUUUCAAAGAUGAUUACUUAGAGGCAGUGAAAGGAAUGCAGCUUCACCUCAUGAAAAUGUCAGAACCUAGCAAAUUAGUGUAUUUGGGGGAACUGCUUGGUGGUCGACAUUUUAGUCCGAAAAUGGACCAUCUUUUAUGCUACCUCCCUGGAACAUUGGCCCUUGGUUACAUGCAUGGCCUUGGAGAUGAUCAUUUAGAACUGGCCAAGAAACUCAUGAAAACUUGCUUCUAUAUGUAUAAUCGAAUGCCCACCAAAUUGAGUCCUGAAAUUGUGUACUUCAAUAUGGCUCCAGGAGCUAAAGAGGAUUUAAUUGUAAAGGCAGUAGAUGCUCACAAUCUUCAUCGACCAGAAACAGUGGAAAGCCUUUUUUAUUUAUACCAAAUUACUAAAGAUAAAAAAUACCAAGAGUGGGGUUGGAUGAUAUUCCAAGCUUUUGAGAAAUAUACCAAGCUCCCUAAUGCUGGUUAUUCUGCUAUCAAUAAUGUCAAAAGUAUUACCAAUCCUGGCUUUACAGAUAAAAUGGAAAGUUUCUUUUUAGCAGAAACCCUGAAAUAUUUCUAUUUACUUUUCGCAGAAGGUGAUGCUAUUAUUCCUUUGGACAAAUAUGUAUUUAACAGUGAAGCUCAUCCAUUACCAAUCUAUAAUUCUUAAAUAUAUAAAAAAAUUCAUUCAAAAUUUUUUUUUUCUUUUGCCAUUUUUCAUCACAGAAAAAUAAACAAAACGGUUGUAAAAAAAGAACAUUCUGAAGAAAAUAUGAUUUCAGUUGUGCAGAUUUUUAAAGAGCUGUAUUAUAAAUUUUAUUCAAAGACUCUUUAACUAUAUGUUAUUUAAAUCAUCAAAAAUGUGAAAUAGUGGUGUUAAUUCUCUGAUUUAAAUUAUGUUCUACAGUAAUAAUACAUUUAUUUGUUACCAAGGUAAAGAUUAUGUUGUAAAAUACAUUUACUUUACCUACAGAUUUCCUUCAUAAUAAUGCUAUUAAAAAAUCCCAAAAAAUUUGAAUGCAAUCCAGGGAGCAAUACUAAAAAAAUAUUUAUAUUGGGAGUCUCUUUGGCAAAAUUGUAUUCUAUCCUGUAUAAAGAUGAUAUAAAUGUUUUACUGAAGUUAAUGCAUUAUGCCAAUUGAUAAAUAUCAUACAGACCAAUAAUCCUUUAGUAUAUUACCUAUUUUUUAUGCUGAUUUCAUUUUAUUUAUAUAAUAGAUGAGCUGUUAAAUAUUGAAAAGGCAUUGAAAUGAAAAUAUAUAUAUCAUGAUAAAAUGCAAUAGUUUUAAUAUUAUACGUGUAUUAAAAUCUUGUCUAGUUUUUAAUCUGAAAUGUUAUGAAAAGUUGUCAUGUAACUGAGUAAUAUAUUUGGAUCAACCUUCCUUCAUAAGAAAGUGGUCCAAAAUUUUUGAUUGCUGAUUAAACAUAUGAGUAAGAAUUACCUAAAUGCAAAGAAAAAAGAAUGUAAUGUAAAUAUUUUUAUGGAAAAUAAGGAAAGAGAAAAAAAUUUACGUCUUGAUAUUAUGAAAAUUAAAUUGACAUUGCCAAACUAUAGGAGGUUUAUGGUUGAAUGAUUCAGCCAGUAUAUUACUGGUUGAAUUAUUGAACUCAGCUGAAUUUAAAUUCUGAACAUAAAAGGAUGUAACUAAAUAGUACAGCCUUAUGUUUCUGACCUGUUUGCCAUACUCUCGGAUAUUAAUUAGAAGAAAUAAGUGACGACUUGGGUCAGUUUUGCUGUGUAUUUUAUUGUUUUUAAAUCAAACAUCUCAUUAAUCAGUAAUCACCAAGAUUUGCAUGUCAUUUUGUACAAAGUCAAAAUAUCCAAUUUAAACACAGCAAGUAUAAAUGCUAUAGUUUCAGCAGAUUAAAUUCAUCGAUGACCUGAAACAUAUACCCUGUACGUAAAGAUAAAUGUAUAUGGCUGUACAAAUGCUCUACCACCACCAAGCUUAUGACAAGCUGAGCAGAGAUUUUUAUGCCUUGGUGGUCUUGUCCUAGAGAAGAAUUUAGUGGACCUCAAUAGUAACACUGAGUAUACAUCCAUACAUAAAAGAGGUGAAGAAAAUGUGAAAUGAGGCACAAAGUCUUAAGUUUUUACAUUACUUUAUUUGAGCAUUAUAACCAAGUCAUCUAUGUGUAUACAUCAAGCUCUUUAAAGCAGUCAAUGUUAAAAACAACUAUUUGUAAUUUUCAAAGUUAAUCAUUAACAAUGUAUAAGUUUCAAAGUCUUUUGUAUAGCUAUUUUUUCUCCUUCACUCCAUAUGCAUGAAUUUGUUAUGCUUAGUUCCAUAAAUAAUUCUUGUAAAAAGAUAGAUGCAGGUGGGGAAAUUUUAUGUUUACAAUAAGAAUACAUGGAUUAUUUCUUUUUAAUAUGGAGAAAUUGACUCCAUUAUAAUAAUUUUAAAAGUACAGUCAUCUAAUUUCUCCAAAUAAAUACUUACCUAAUGUGAAUUUGGAUUACUCAGUAAGUUAACUAUUUGGGGGUGCUUUUAAUAAGACAAAGCUAUAUUGUUUAUAAAAUAACCACUUCCUGUUUACAAAUUUGAGUUACUUUUCUCACAUUCUCUUCAAUAAUUCUUGGUACAAGUCUAUUUUCCCCCUCACAUUAAGCUUCAGUAAAGCUACAUUGUGAAAGAUAACUGGAUAUGAUGUACUAGCCCCUUCUUCUCUUUCUCUGAUCUCCCCACAAGUUUUGUGUUGAGAUUGAGAAAUAAUCAUGAAAGUCCAAGGUUUUCAUGUAUGUAUAUGUGCUGGUCCUUAAAUUCAGCUGUUGUUCAGAGACAAAAUAAAUUGGGUGUUUAGAGCCUUUCCCAUUGUGAUACCUUCCAAAAUUCUUCCAGUUGAAUUUGUUGUAAUUCUAUCUUUGAAUUUUUAUUUUAUCCCUGCCAUUGUUGUUUACUGUCAAUCAAUAACUGGUAUACUUCAAUAUACUAGUUAUUGACUGAUAGAGAAAAAGCAGGCAAAUUUCCCUCAAAUUGCACCCUGCUAUUUUAAGUAAGGAUAGGACAUUUUGAUUAAUGUCCUACAUAGCCCUAAAAAGACAGGAUGGCCAUCGCUAGAAUACUUUGGAUCAUAGACCUGAUGGUUAAGAGUUGACCUGGAGUUAAACAUCAAAAA